AUGGCUCACAGUGCUAGGACGUCCCAAGGCGAGGAGUAUAUGACAGAAGCCACCGAAGACUCGGGGUACUAUGAAGACAUAUCUCCAGGCACCGAAUCCGUCCCGGCGUCGAUAUACGAUCACCGGUUCGAAAACGGCCGUCGCUACCACGCGUACAAAGAAGGGUCGUACUUCAUGCCCAACGACGAGCCGGAGCAGCAGCGACUCAACAUGCAGCAUCAAGCCGAAUAUCUUGCCUUGGGGAGGCGCAAUUUACUUGCUCCGAUCGUCCACCCACGCAGGAUCUUGGACCUUGGAACCGGGACGGGCAUCUGGGCCGUUGAAAUGGGCGAUCAGUUCCCUAGUGCUGAAAUGGUGGGCCUCGACCUAAGCCCAAUCCAACCGAGUGCUGUCCCGCCGAAUGUGAAGUUUGAAAUCGACGAUGUCGAGGACAACUGGACGUUUCCGAACAGUUGUUUCGACCUCAUCUUCUCCAGGGACAUGUUGGCGGGAAGCAUUGUCGACUUUCGGCGGUAUUUCGAGCAAGCGUAUAGGCACUGCAGACCAGGUGGUUAUUUCGAGAUCCAUGAGAGGCAGAUCACUCAAAUCCGCAGUGACCAAUAUCCCGCCUCGGAAGACAGCAGUAUCAAGCAAUGGUGUGACCUGAUGAAUCAAGGCAUACAAGUCAUGGGCCGCCGUCUCGACCUUGACCCCAACGAUAUCGCUGAUCUCCUACACGAAGUUGGGUUCGAGCAUGUCACCGUGACGACCUACCAACAACCCAUUGGCCAAUGGCCGGAAGAUCUGGUUUUGAGACAGUCCGGAGCCUUGCAGCUACUGGCCUUGCUCGAGGGCAUGGAAGGUCUGAGUCUCGCUGUCUUCUCACGGUGCUUGCACUGGUCCAAAGCAGAUACGGAGGUCCUGCUGGAGAGGACGAGGCGGGAGCUCACCGUGCAAAGGGCUUGUUACUAUUGCUCUGGGUUUGUCAUUCACGCUCACAAACCGGAAGUCCCGUAA